CCAAGAAAAUACAAUAACAUACACGCAUUCGGCAUUUCCCCUCUAUAUACAUGUCCGCACGAUUUUAGAAGAUUGUCUUGGUAACGUCUUUUGCUUGAAAUAUAGAUGUUUUUAUUUACUUUAAUUUCCUGAUUUUGCUUGGAAAGCAAGAGCAUAUGGAGAAUGUGUUUUUGUUGGUGGCACUAAUUGCAACUUUCGCUGUUAUUCACCUGACUCAAGCUGAGGAUCAUCAAGAAGGCUUCAUCAGUUUGGAUUGCGGUUUAGCCCCGAGUGAAGCGUCACCAUAUAUCGAGCCAGAUACUGGACUAUGGUUCUCAUCAGACUCGGACUUCAUCCAAAGUGGAAAGAUUGGGAAAAUUGAUCCCAGCCUACCCAAGACCAUAAAAUCCUACGUGACUCUGAGAUACUUUCCCGAUGGAAUACGCAACUGUUACAAUCUUAGUGUGAAGCAAGGGACAAAUUAUCUGAUGAGAUUUACUGCUCUAUACGGAAACUAUGACGGUCUUAAUAUUACUCCUAAGUUUGACGUGUACAUUGGUCCUAACUUUUGGGUAACGAUAGACCUAGAAAAUAGGAUAAGCGGUCAAUCCGAGGAGAUCAUUUACAUCCCAAGAUCAAGUUCCUUGGAUUUGUGUCUUGUUAAGACAGGCCAGACUACCCCAAUGGUUACAUCAGUGGAACUAAGGCCGGUACCUAACGAAAUUUACAUCACUGAAUCUGGUUCGUUGAAGAGUUUCAAGCGAUACUAUCUUACCAGUUCAGAUAUCAUUCUAUCGUACCCAAAUGACGUCAAAGACAGAAUAUGGGAACCAAAGUUUGAUCCAGAAUGGACGCAGAUUUCAACCACCCUAGAAGCCAACAACUCCAAUGGUUUUCUUGUGCCGCAGAAUGUACUCAAGACCGCGGCUAUACCUGCAUAUGCUGUUGCACGGUUCAAUAUUACGGAGGAGCUAGAUUUCCCUGACGACCAAAUUUACUUGUACCUCCACUUCUCUGAGGUCCAAUCAUUACCGAUCACCGAAUCUAGAGAGUUUGAUAUUAUUUGGAACGGCCAACAUUUUGACAAAACGAUAAGCCCUGAAUAUUUGAAGACCACGACAAUCUACUCCACAACACCGGUUACUUGCAAAGGAGGAGUAUGCAACUUAGAGCUGAUAAGAACAACAAACUCUACUCUCCCACCUCUUCUUAAUGCCAUCGAACUUUACACCGUCGUCAAAUUCCCACAACUGGAAACAAAUGAAAAUGAUGUUGGUGCAAUCCGAAAAAUCAAAGCCAUAUAUGGGUUGAACAGAAUCACAUGGCAAGGAGAUCCAUGCGUCCCCCAGAAGUUUGUAUGGGAUAAUCUAAAUUGCAACAGCACAGAUACAUCUACACCACCAAGAAUCACUUAUUUGAACUUAUCUUCCAACGGGUUGGAAGGAACCAUAGCAACUGCAAUUCAAAAUCUUACGCAUCUUGAAAAGUUGGAUUUGUCAAAUAAUAAUCUGACAGGAGAUGUUCCAGAAUUUCUGGCUAAUGUGAAGUCUUUAAUGCUCAUAAACUUGAGCAGGAACAAUCUUAUUGGUUUCAUCCCACAGGCCCUUCUUGAUAGAGAAAAAGAAGGGCUACAGCUAUUUGUUGAUGGAGAGCAUCGUUGUUUAUCUGGUUCAUGUGUCACAGAGGAUAAAAUUCCAGUAAAAACCGUUGCACUUGUUUCUUCGGCUACUGUCAUGGUCAUUAUAGUGGUUCUAGUUCUCAUUUUUGUGUUUAAGAAGAAAAUAUUAUCAAGUUCAGAAGGUAUUCUUCUGCCACCACCAUCAAUUAAGCUGGGUGCGAAUGUUACAUCCACUGAUGUAUCUGAAAUAUCGAUCGAGAUGAAAAGGAAAAAAUUUACUUAUUCAGAGGUGAUGAAAAUAACAAAAAACUUGGCAAGAUCACUUGGAGAAGGAGGGUUUGGCGUUGUUUAUCAUGGUGAUAUAAAUGGUUCACAACAAGUAGCUGUCAAACUACUUUCCCAAUCAUCAACACAAGGCUAUAAAGAGUUCAAGGCAGAGGUCGAACUUUUGUUGAGAGUUCACCACAUAAACUUGGUAAGCCUUGUCGGAUACUGCGACGAAAGAGGUCAUUUGGCUCUAAUAUAUGAAUACAUGUCCAACGGAGACUUAAAACAUCAUUUGUCAGGAAAACACGAUAGCUCUGUUCUGAAGUGGAGUACUCGACUACAAAUUGCCAUCGACGCCGCCCUAGGACUAGAAUACUUACAUAUUGGAUGUCGGCCACCAAUGGUGCAUAGAGAUGUCAAAAGUACAAAUAUAUUGUUGGACGAGGGAUUCACUGCCAAACUUGCAGACUUUGGACUUUCAAGGUCUUUCCAACUUGGAGGUGAAUAUCAUGUUUCAACGGUAGUUGCUGGUACUCCUGGAUAUCUUGAUCCUGAAUGUUACAUAACAGGUCGAUUGACAGAACUGAGCGAUGUUUAUAGUUUUGGGAUUGUAUUAUUGGAGAUAAUCACAAACCAAGACGUGUUUGACCAAACUCGCGAAAAAUCCCACAUAGCUGAAUGGACAGCAUUUAUGCUCAAUAGAGGAGAUAUUGCUGGCAUCAUGGAUCCUAACCUAAAUGGAGAUUACAACUCUCAUUCUGCCUGGAGAGCUCUUGAAUUGGCUAUGUUGUGUGCAAACCCUUCUUCAGAAAAACGACCAAGCAUGUUCCAAGUUGUUAUCGAGCUGAAAGAGUGUCUUACUUCUGAAAUCUCGAUGAAAGGUAACGGUCAGAACAUGGACUCUCAAAGUUCCCCUAAAGUGAGUAUGAGCUAUGACACAAAGGAUUUGCCUAGCGCAAGGUAG